UUGAAAUCAACUGAUAAAAUUACAUAUAGUAAGAAGUUAUUGGAUGAAUUUUUUUUGUGGCUUGGUAAUUUCGAAGAUUGCAUAGGGCAUACGGAAGCUAUUGACGAAAAUACAUAUAGUAAUCUUGAAAAAUUAGAUAAAUUGUAUGAAAACUUUUAUAAUUUUAAAAAUGAAUCUUCAAAUGAAGAUCAUAAUACUUGUGGAAAAGGUGAAAUAUGUGCCCAAGAUUAUAUGAAUCAAGAGAGUACAUGUAAGGGGAAAGGUAACAAUAGAUUCUGUAAAGAAUUAGAAAAAUUUCGAGAACUAUUUAAUAAUCAUCUUGAAUCAAUAAAAAAGUGCGAUAACAUAGGAGAAUUACCAUACUUCCAAGGAUCUUCACUAGCUGGUACCAUUUCAAUCCCAGUUUCUGCAAUGUCACUAAUAUCUUUAUUUUCAUUUGUUACGUAUAAGGUAGGUAAUUUUUUUGUAAUAAGUGAUAACCUGUUUUACAAUUUAUGGUAUACCUAUAAUAAAAAUAUUGAUAUGUUAUAA